ACCACACACAGCCAACGAAACGCCUGUGUUUGAGAAUCCUCUCCUCCUCUCUUCUCCGCAGCCGAAGCUCUGUUUCAACACUUGUUUCUUCACAUUCUUCUUCCUCGUCCCCCUCAAACAUGUCUCCACCAACCCCACGCCUCCUCCUAAAAAACGUCUCCUGCAUGAGAAACGCCCAGCAGAUCCUAAAACACGUAAACGUCUCCCUCCACGACGGCGGCGCCCUCGUCCUAACCGGAACCAACGGAUCCGGCAAAUCAACCUUCCUACGAAUGCUCGCGGGCUUCUCCAAACCCUCCGCGGGAGAGAUCCUCUGGAACGGCCACGACAUCACGAAAUCAGGAAUCUUCCAGCAGUACAAGCUCCAGCUCAACUGGAUCUCCCUGAAAGACGCCAUCAAGGAGCGGUUCACGGUCCUCGACAACGUCCAGUGGUUCGAGCUCCUCGAGAGCAAGGUCGGGAAGGCACAGCCGGCGCUGGAGCUCAUGGGGCUGGGGAGGCUGGUGAAGGAGAAGUCGAGGAUGCUGUCCAUGGGGCAGAGGAAGAGGCUGCAGAUCGCCAGGCUGUUGGCGAUCGAUAGGCCCAUUUGGCUUUUGGAUGAGCCGUCCGUGGCGUUGGAUGAUGAAGGGGUGAGGCUGCUUGAGUUUGUGAUCGGGGAGCAUAGGAAGAGAGGCGGGAUUGUGAUCGUGGCGACGCAUCUUCCUAUUGAGAUUGAGGAUGCGUUGGUGUUGAGGCUUCCUCCUAGGUUUCCGAGGAAGAUGACUUUGAUUGAUAUGCUUGAUCGUGCUGACAUUUCUUAGUUUGGGAAUGUUUGCCUUUUUUUUUUGGUUUGUACUUGUGUAAUGGAAUCAGAGAAUGGGUUUGGGACGAGUUAAAACGUAUACGUUUGGACAUUGACCUCCCUGGCUCUCUCUCAGACUUAGUUCUCAGAGCCGCAUUUGAUCUCUUCAUUGAAUUUGGUUUGUCUAAUUAGAUUCUGGGUACAGCUUAUGUUAAGGUUCUGUCUAAUCUAGUGGAAUUCCACUGCUCCAGUUGUAAUAAUGUGUGAAAGUUUCGACCUUUUAAUGUUU